CCAACGAAGGCGGUGUUCCUUGGCCUCGGGCAAGCCAGCCACGCCAUCCACAGCCAUGUCACUCGGCUUGUCCCCGCCGACCCGCUGUUCCCCUCGUCGGCCCGCAUCUCUCCCUUCGUCAGCCCGCCUCCAUCCCCCGCCUCCUGUGCUCCAAGAUGCUCUUCCACCAUAAGCAGUCGUACUUUAUCCCCUCGGACUACAAGCCGCACUCUCGCACCCACGACCGAGUCGCUGGCUUUGACGACUGGCUCGCCGAGACCAGGGAAUACGGCCGGGACUACGAGGCCAUGCUGCAGCAGGGGCAGUCGCCCGUCUUCUACUGGGUCGCUACCUCGAGCCGGGCCAUCCCGCCCAGCGCCAUCCCCGUCGGACGAACAGCCGAUGGCCGACCCCUGUACUGCGGCCGCACCUUCCACGAAACGGGUGUCCAUCUCGGAUGGGUCACGGCCGAUGCCCCCGAGGGCCUCCACUACUCUUACGCCGAGCGAGAGUUUUUCGAGACCGAGUUUGAAGUCCUUGUCGGCGACCUGAGCCGACUCCUGUGGAUCGAGCAGUCCGGAGCCGCAAAGAUCCCAAUUCAGCAGUUCCAGAUCGAAGGCGGCUCCGAGGCCAACGGAACGGCCCAGUACGUUGCCAUCGCCGAGCAUGCUGGCGGCGUCUAUGCCGGCAAGGCUAUUGCUGGCGACUCCAAGGGCUGCCUGAUCGGCUUCGACACCAAAGAAGUCGCCGUGGCCAAAUACAGGGUUCUGGUGCGAAAGUAGGAGCGCUGCGGAAUGUGGUGCCCUCAGCGCUGCCAGAGACAGUGGAUGUUGUCAUUGCUGCUGUCGUCGCACUUGCACUUGCACUUGCAUUUGCCGUUGUAUCUGUCUUCGAACGCUACCCCAAUUUGCACCGUAUGGUUGUUUGCGCUCGCCCUCCUGUUCAAGCCAGAUCGUGGUUUCUUUGCAAUCUGUUAUUUCAUUUCAUUUCAUUUCAUCGUCACCGAAUUCAGUCUUUGCAGAAAUCAAUAGGAAACUCCGUGACAGUAGCUGUCCACCAUAC